AUGAAUGUUCUUCAGCUUUCGCAGUUGCAGAAAUCUAAUGUUUCUCCUCCUCACCAGAAUAGUUUCAAUAUGAGCUUACGGAGAGAUAUGCGAAAAAGGAUUUACGCUAUCUUACUACGGAAGCAUCCUUCAGAGUCUCAAGAUGUUCCCUCACGGAAAAAGUUUAUUUACCUUGCAAAAUUCUUAGAGAAUAAACUGAUGACUUCAGCCAAGUCAGAGGAGGAGUACUCAGAUUUACGUGAUCUUGAAGCCCGCAUGUGUUUUAUUAUGAGAGAAAUUAAAAGACUCUCUUCUCAACGUCGUGCUGCUGCUACUCCUACCCCAAGCUCUUUAUGUGAAGGACAAUCGAUGAGAAACGCUGUUUCUUGUGGCUCAAGUAGUCUCUUCAGAUUUGUAACGCCAUCGGGCUCAUUGCCAGUUUCUCAAGAUACAUCUCCAUUAAACCCUAACCCUAUGCCAAGAGUUGAGAGUAAUCAAGCUAGAGAUAUAGAGCGCCAAGGACAACAUGUUUAUGAUCGUUGUUCGUCUGCAAGAGCUUCUAUAAGCUGCUGCCAAACCGUUUUUCCAAGAAGCAAUACAGAGAGGGACUCAAGUGAAGAGGUCAAGAGGGAUUGUAGUCGACAUUGUAUGAUGCAGAAGAAGUGGCUUCGGUUUCUGUUGCACGUACUUCGUUGCAGCGCAGCAGAAGUCAAGUGUGAUGGUGAGCAAUGCAUUGCUAUGAGAAAGAUAAUCAAAACUACACAAAGCACCAAGCCCCCUCUUCGCUUAGAUCGAUACUGUCCCGAAACUCGGAGAUUGAUUCUUCAGAUCGAGCAGUGCAGGGAUAAAAUGACUGGAACUUUUAACUAA